UUUCCCCUUAGACGAAAAGGUAACGUGUGUGUACUUCGGGCGGGGUUUUUACUUUAUAUCUCGUGUCAUUAGUCAUUACGCCAAACAUCUAAUGUUCGAAAAUUGAACACCAAAUUGAAGAAAUCUCUGCAUAAUCGAGACGAAGACGUAAAAUUGUUCGUUAAUCUUAACCAACACUCAAACCAUUGUCUUUCUCGCAGCUGCAGACUCGGUGGAUGCUGACAUGAUAGCUUGCUCUCAUAUCAUUGUAUCCGCAAAACAAGUCACUCUCCUAACAGAGCGUGCUGCGAAGCAAAUGGGUGCACAUGUCCGUAAUGUUGUGUCCUGUUUACCAUCGAAUGCCAGCUGCUCGUACUUCCAUUCUGCUGAAUUUCAACCAAAAUAUGCAUCUUUGACCAUCUCCCGUGGAUUAUCUGGUUCAUCUACCAAUGCCUCUCAAGCUUUUCAAGGAUGCAGUUCUGUUUUUAGCUUCUCAAAACAUAGGAGGAAGUCAAAAUCUGUAAUUGUCAAGAGUCUUCUAAGUAGUACGGGAAGCCAAACCUGUUGUUUUGGGAUGUCAUUGCCAUGUGAAAACACAAGUUUGACAUUGUCAUUGCCCAAACAAGAAAUGGUUACCAAAACUAGGUGGAAAAGAGGACACGCGAGUUGGGUGUGUGGAGCUGCCUCUACUGGCCUAUUGGGGACAUUAGUUUGCUUUUCAAGUUCAAAGCCAGUAUAUGCUGAAGCAUCUAAGGAUGAGAAUACUGAAAAGGAUGAAUGUGACCUGUCCUCUUCCCACGGAAAAAAGGUGUACUCUGAUUUUUCUAUAACUGGUAUACCAGGAGAUGGUAGAUGUUUGUUCCGUUCCGUGGCUCAUGGAGCUUGUGUGCGUUCUGGAAAACCAUCUCCAAAUGAGAUCCUCCAGAAAGAAUUGGCAGAUGACUUGCGUGCCAGAGUAGCGGAUGAGUUUGUUAGAAGACGAGAAGAAACAGAAUGGUUUGUGGAAGGUGAUUUCGACACAUAUAUUUCACAGAUUAGAAAGCCUCAUGUGUGGGGUGGCGAGCCUGAGUUGUUUAUGGCCUCACAUGUUCUCCGCAUCUGUAGGAUGCCAAUCACUGUGUACAUGUUUGAUGGGAAUGCUGGAGGCCUGAUAAGUAUAGCCGAGUAUGGUCAAGAGUAUUAUGGGGGAAAAGAUGAUCCAAUUAGAGUUCUCUAUCAUGGUUUUGGCCAUUAUGAUGCAUUGCAAAUUCCUGGUACAAAAUCUGUUAAAGCAAGACUUUAGCUUUUAUAUAUACACGAGGGAAUACUACCAACGCCUUUCAUGUAAUUCUAUGAACACCCAAACGCAUGGUAGUUACCAGAAAAUAUGAUAAUAAAAGAAAAAAAGAUGAUAGUCUUCUUCCAUGGGUUAAUAAGAAAACUGGUGAGUUAGU